GCAGCUGGUACGGCCAGCGGAGCCGGAGAGGCAUCCAUAGGGACGCGAAGCUCGGCACAGCAACCCCCAAGCUUCAUUCAACCUCACAUAUUGACCGAUCAUCGCCAACCCUCCAAGACCUUCCGCACGACCUUAUUUUCCCACGAUUGCAUUUUCACAGUUUUCGCAACUACACACACAACACCAGCUAUAAUGGAUCACAGACCGCAAGCUUGGGGCCGUCCCAGAGACGACGUCUACGGUGCCUAUGAUGGCUCCUACAUGAACCUCAACGGUCCCAACCAAGCGACACAGUCCCCCAUCGUCACGGGUACAUCAGUCAUAGCCAUGAAGUUCAGCGAGGGUGUCGUCAUUGCGGCCGACAACCUGGCAUCCUACGGCUCCCUCGCCCGCUUCACCGAUGUCAAGCGUCUCCGUACCUUUGCCAACUCCACCGUAGUCGGCUUCGGCGGCGACGUCUCUGACAUGCAGUACCUCGACCGCCACCUCUCGGGCCUCGAUAUUGAAGAGUCGUACGACCUAUCCGCUGACGCCCCCGCCCGUCUCAAUGCUGCGAAUCUGCACAAGUACCUCUCCAAGCUCCUCUACAAGCGCCGCUCCGACUUCGACCCCCUCUGGAACCACCUCCUCGUCGCCGGCCUUGACGAUAGCAACAAGCCCUUCCUCGCUGCUGCCGACCUCCUCGGCACUACCUUCACCUCCCCCUCGCUCGCUACCGGCUUCGGUUCGGCUCUUGCCCAACCCAUCAUGCGUCGCUACGUCCCCGAUGAGGAGGCAGCCGCCAAACUGACCAAGGAGCAAGCCAUCGAGGUCAUCAAGGAGUGCAUGAAGGUACUCUUCUAUCGCGACGCCCGCAGCUCCGACAACUACUCAAUCGCUGUCGUGACCAAGGACGGUGUUGACUUGAAGGAGAAUGAGAAGCUCGAGAAGCAGAGCUGGAAGUUUGCGGAACGGAUCCGUGGCUAUGGUACGCAGGUUGUCUAGAGUGGAGUCAUGAGGCAAGGUUGGGAAAUAGAGAGACAAAGGAAUGAAAUGACAAUGACUGGUUACUUGGGAUAGCUGGCCCUUGACGAUUGAUCAUGUGGGGACACUACUGCGUUCGCUGACGGCUUCGUCAGCCGAAUCGGCGCGAGGCAUGCCAAUGUAUCAAUAAAUGAAAUAGACGCUAUUUGU